UGGGCCGCUACAAAAAGAAAAAAUAGAGAGGAAGAAAAAAAAAAAAGAGAGGCAAUCUCAAACUCCCACACCCUCAUCCCCCUUCUCCUCCCCUCUCUUCCUCCUUCCCCUCCCUCCUCUAGUCUCCCCCAUCCUUUGUGAAAAACUCAAGGCAUCAGUCGUCAGAGCUCAGUCUGUUGAAGUGGCCGGCUCUUGAACCGAACCAUGCCUCAGCCCGGGCCCCAGGACAGCUGAGUCCACAGAGAGGAGCUCAUCUUUGGGGAAGUAGGGCCUCGGCGAAAAAAGACUUUUCAUAUUGUGAUUUUUUCAGCUUUGGGACAGAAGGAGUGAGGAGCACCUCAGAAGACCGGGACAAAGAGGCAACAGAGAUGAGUCCUGAGCACUGCAGCUCGGUGAAGACACAACACAACACACACGUGAAACUAUAACUGAAGGAAACAACACACACCCCCCGCUACUGGUAACAAAACAAAAAAGGGAGGCCUGGAGGGGACUUGGAGGGAGCACCAGUAGCCGUCCAUCUAUCCAUCUAACCAGCCAGCAGCGAUGCAGGGGCUGAUGUGGAGCCUGUGUGCCCUGCUCUGCCUCUCCCUCUGGGAGGGAGGUUAUUGCAGGAGCUCCAGGGAAGCCCGGAGGACUCUCCACAGGAGUAAAAGAGCCCCCAUCGACCCAGAUGCCAAAAAAUGUUCCUACACCUUCCUUGUACCUGAGCAGAAAAUCACAGGUCCAAUCUGUGCCAGCACCACGGGCCCAGAGCCAGACAAGGAGAGAGUGACCCGUAUAGACAUUGCAGAUGUGCGGGAGGUGCUCAACAAACAGCGGCGUGAGAUUGAGACGCUGCAGCUGGUGGUGGAUGUGGAUGGUAACCUAGUGAACGAGAUGAAGCUGCUGCGGAAAGAGAGCAGGAACAUGAACUCCAGGGUGACCCAACUCUAUAUGCAGCUGCUGCAUGAGAUCAUCAGGAAAAGAGACAACUCUCUGGAGCUGGCCCAGCUGGAGAACCGCGUCCUCAACGUGACCUCUGAGAUGAUGCGACUGGCUUCGAGGUACAAGGAGCUGGAGAGCAGGUUUGCCACGAUGGCCGGGGUGGUCAACAACCAGUCCGUUCUCAUCUCCGCGCUGGAGGAGCAGUGUCUGAGGACAAUGGGUCGCAGUGAGCUGCCCGUAGUACCCCCACUGGUACAGGUGGUACCGCUGAAUCUACCAGUUAACAAUCGGUUCACCAACGAGAUACAGAGGGACAAUAACAACCGGGCCUUCCCCAGAGGAUCACGCAUGGAGUCCCCUACUGCAAGCCCAUUUGGAAUUGAUCCUCCACCACCGCAGGGAACACUUACCUCUGAUGGUCCCUUCAAAGACUGUUUCCAGGUGCGACAGGCAGGCCACACCACCAGUGGGAUGUACCUGCUUAAGACAGAGGCCAACGAUCAGUUGAUCCAAGCCUGGUGUGAACACGGCCUUGACAACGGAGGAUGGACCGUGUUGCAAAGGAGGAGAGAUGGCUCUGUUAACUUCUUUCGGAACUGGGAGAACUACAAGAGAGGCUUUGGGAACAUAGACAGUGAACACUGGCUCGGGCUGGACAAUAUUUACAACCUGGGGAAACAGGGCGACUAUAAGCUGAUGAUAGAGCUGGAGGACUGGACGGGGAAGAAGGUGUACGCCGAGUACAGCAGCUUCCGCCUGGAGUCAGAGAGUGAGGGUUAUCGGCUGAGGCUCGGCACCUACCAGGGCAACGCCGGGGACUCGUUCAGCAGUCACAACGGCAAAAUGUUCACCACGCUUGAUCGCGACAAGGAUGCAUUUUCUGGUAACUGCGCCCACUUCCAUAAGGGUGGCUGGUGGUACAAUGCAUGUGGCCAGACCAACCUGAAUGGCGUGUGGUACAGCGGGGGAGUUUACCGCAGCAAAUUCCAGGAUGGCAUCUUCUGGGCAGCGUAUGGAGGAGGUUUCUACUCCCUCAAGUCAGUCCGCCUCAUGAUCCGACCGAUCGACUGAAACAUUCCUUCAAAUGCACCUCAAGUUUCCUUCCUUAUCUUUAUCUACCCAUGAACAAAGACCGUAAAAGGCAGAAACCAGGAAUCCCUGUCAUCGUACAACUGCGCCUUGUAAAAUAUGAAAGGAGGAAGAGACGGUGGCAUGUGGUUAUGGCCAGACAAUAAUGACUCCAGCAGCCUGCGCAGUGGCUAGCUCCCAAGUUGACUAUGAGAUGAAGACUGAUGCCAUUGCCCUCCCUAAGUAACUGCUCUCCUCCACCUUCAGUCUGGAGAGUAAUGGUCCAUCGAGCUCCCUGGAAUCAUCAAGUAUUACCCUCAAGCGUCCUAUUUUACUCACUCUUGUAUGUAAUAAAAGGGAAAUGGUCAUUUAUUAAAGACAUGAGAUUUCUUCCGAGCAGCUAAUGGUGACUUUUUAAAAAAUAGUGUCGCCCAUACCAAAGGGUAUUGGAUGUAAUGGGAUGUUUAACCAUAGUAGCAUGAAAAAAAUGAUGAAAUUUAAAGUUGUGUUGCCGGUUAGAGACCCUGACAAUCAAACGGUUAGUGGACAGGAUCUACCGUCUACUCAUUUCUGGGUUUCGUCUGGACUUCAGGGGGUUCCUUCGACCCCCAGCAGAAAAUGAACUUGUGCAACAGUGUGCUUGUCCGAUGUGCAUAUGGCUGAGCUGGCGUUGGUAUGUAAAUAUCUUUGGCGUUAUUUGUGAAAGGUAAUUUAAGAGGUGUGAUUCUACUCAGGCCAAAUGUUCACAAUGUUGUCACUCUGCCAUUCUUUGUUAUUUAUCAGUGUAUUUAUAGUAAGUAUAGUCAUGGCUGUUUUAUACCAAGCCCUGUAACAAAACAAUUCUUAAUAUGUUUUUUUUUUAUCCCAUGUAGAGAUACAUUAAUGACACUUGAACACACACAAAUCCAGAGUGGAUGUCUAGUUGAGAAUAUGAGACAUGCACUGCCCUUUUUCAUGAAAUUAAAUCCUUUUGUAAACAUUGAA